AUGCCUAAUAAGAACUCGGUUCAUGACACGGAUUCCGUACCCAAUGGCGGAUUUACGGCCUGGUUGCAGGUGCUGGGCGGAUUCCUCCUGCUAUUCAAUACUUGGGGAGUCAUGAAUACAUUUGGUGUUUACCAGACGUACUAUGAGUCCGGUGAGCUUUUCCAGGAGUCGUCCACCAGGAUCUCAUGGAUUGGCUCUGUUCAAACCUUCUGCCUUCUCUUUUUCGGUACUUUGACGGGCCCAAUCUUUGACGCAGGCUACUUUCGGGUCCUGCUCUACUCUGGCUUCUUCAUGUUGGUUUUCGGACAGAUGAUGCUCAGUUUGUGCACUACUUUCUGGCAAGUGGUGCUGGCUCAGGGUAUCUGCAUCGGAAUUGGAACCGGACUAUUAUUUGUGCCAAGCGUUGCAAUCAUCUCGACGUACUUCACAACUAAGAUUGCACUUGCAAUGGGGUUUGCUGCGUCGGGAAGUGGCAUGGGCGGUGUUAUUUACCCCAUUGUGUUCCAUCGCCUUCACCCUGCCAUUGGGUUUGCAUGGGCGACACGUGUCAUUGGCUUCAUGGAGUUGGGCACGCUUCUGGUACCCCUGGCCGUCAUGCGUGUUCGCACUCUACCGCCGAAGGUGCGAAAGCUAAUCGACUGGUCUGCAUUUUCAGAUCUGCCAUAUAUCACCUACAUUUUGGGAACCCUAGUAGGCUACAUGGGCUUAUUCGUUCCCUUCUUCUACAUAUCUUACUAUGCCAUCCAGCAAAAGUUUACCAACGAGAAUCUGGGAUUUUACAUGUUGCCAAUUCUCAACUCUGCUUCGGUAUUUGGCCGACUGCUACCCAAUAUUUUCGCCGAUAAGCUUGGCGUUGUCAACACCAUGAUUCCUUGCUCAUUCGUUACCUCGAUUCUCGCCUUCUGUUUAAUCCGAGUGGACAAUCAAGCCAGCAUCAUUGUUUGCACUAUCUUGUAUGGUUUCUUCUCCGGUGCCUACGUGUCCUUGCCACCAACUAUCAUGGUAUUUCUCACGCCUGACCGAUCUCUGAUCGGUACCCGCUUGGGACAAGGGUUUGCUACCAUCAGUUUUGGAGUUCUCGUUAGUACUCCAGCCGCAGGCGCUAUUCUGAGACAAGAUUCUUGGACGCACAUAUGGAUUUACUCCGGCGUCUUGUUGUUUGUUGCUGCUUGUUCUUUCGUUCUUGUAAGAAAACUGAAGGGCUCGGGCGGUGUCAAUGUCGGCCACUAA